AUGCUCUGCAGAUCUGCGUGCGCAUCGCCAUCAUGCCCGUCCAGUGCAGUCACUGCGUUCAGAGACGGGCCGUGCUGAAGCGGCCCAAGACUGGACACUCCCUCUGUAAAGACUGCUUCUUCUGGGCGUUUGAGGAGGAGAUCCAUCAAACCAUCAUGUCUGCUGCACUCUUUAAUCGUGGGGAGACCGUGGCCAUCGGUGCCUCGGGCGGGAAGGACUCGACCGUCCUGGCCCAUGUGAUGAAGCUCCUGAACGAGCGCUAUGAUUACGGGCUGAACCUCCUGCUGCUGUCGGUGGAUGAGGGCAUCACGGGUUACAGAGAUGACUCCCUGGAGACGGUGAAGAGGAACCAGCAGCAGUAUGAGCUGCCGCUGAAGAUCGUGUCUUAUGAAGAGCUGUACGGCUGGACGAUGGACGCCAUCGUAAAGCAGGUGGGCUUGAAGAACAACUGCACUUUCUGUGGUGUGUUUCGCAGGCAGGCGCUGGACCGAGGAGCCAUGAUGCUGAAAGUGGACAAGAUAUGCACAGGUCACAAUGCGGAUGACGUGUCCGAGACGGUGUUGAUGAAUGUCCUGCGUGGGGAUAUUGCUCGUCUCCGGCGCUGCACCUCCAUCAGCACGGCCAGCGAAGGAGAGGGCGCCAUUCCUCGCUGCAAGCCACUUAAAUACGCCUACGAGAAAGAAAUCGUCCUCUACGCCUAUUUUAAGAAGCUCGAUUACUUCUCCACAGAGUGCAUCUACUCGCCGAACGCCUACCGGGGUCACGCUCGCGCCUUCCUCAAAGACCUGGAGUCCAUCAGGCCCAGCUCCAUCAUAGACGUCAUCCACUCCGGGGAGACGCUCUCCGUAAAGGAAGGGGUGAAGAUGCCGGUCCAGGGAACGUGUUCUCGCUGCGGCUAUAUCUCCAGUCAGGCCUUGUGUAAGUCCUGUGUUCUGCUGGAGGGCCUGAAUCGAGGUUUACCCAAGCUGGGCAUCGGGAAACAUCACCGUCUGCACGGGAAACUUCUGUCUCGGGAGCCUCUGACCGAGCAGGAAGAGAAGAAGCUGAAGGCUGUGGACUUCUGACAAAAUCAAGACUCCAUUUUAAAAACGAGACAUUUGAGUUUUUUAACAUGCUUGGGAUGGAUGUUUAUAAUGUGAGGUGUUUUCAAUUUGUUUUAUUCAAAGUGUGUCGGUCUCCAGCGAUUGUUUGAAUUUCAACCACAGGGAAAUGAGUGUCACACAUCUUGUGUUAAUAAGUUAAAGGCAAAUCACUAACUGUGCCAUUCAAAACC